GUGGAGCCGACAGAUGGGGUCAAAAUUCGGCGAGACCCCGCGGCUGAGCUUGAACGACAAACCUCAUCAUCACCAUCAUCGUAUAAUCAACAGAUAUCUUGAGCACUGAUUUUAAGAUGCUUGUGGCAAAAGCAACGUUCGUAGAAUCACAAGAGACAAGGUCACGAAUGUAAGACAGUAGUACGGGAAAUCGAUGCGCGCCCGCAGGCAGCAGCAGAGCUCAACCAUGGAACCACAAUCACACAGCAAAUACCACAUCUCCAAAAUAUUCUCAUUCGUUAAUUUCUCUCUUGAAACACCAAGGCUAUAUUGAUCAUAGCCCACCAUCUCAAAAUGGCGUCUCCAUACCCACCAUCCCACACCGUCCCCCCUACAGCACCCCACACACACACCAUAAUCUUCCUCCAUGGCCGGGGCUCCAACGCAACAGAAUUCUGCUCCGAGAUCUUCGAGUCGCAAGACAGUUCCGGCGCAUUCUUCACCGAGUUAUUCCCCUGCAUCAAAUGGGUAUUCCCCUGCGCGGAGAAGAGAUGGGCUGUAACGAACGAAGAGGAAAUGCACCAGUGGUUCGAUAUGGCCUCAGUCCAAAGGCCGCAGGAAGAUUGUGAGGUUCAGAUAUCUGGGCUGCAUGAGAGUAGGCAGCAGUUGUUGGAGAUUGUUGGGGAAGAGGCAGAGGAAGUGGGUGUGGAAAGGAUGAUUGUGGCGGGUAUAAGUCAAGGCUGUGCGACCGCUAUCUACACACUUCUUAUCAGUGGUGUUCGCGUUGGUGGGUUUUUUGGGUUUUGUGGGUGGCUGCCGUUGGCAUAUGAGAUACAGCGUCUUACGAGUGCGCCAAGAUGGAAUAGGAACGUGUUGAGCAUGCCGGUGCUGCUACAGCAUUGCCAAGACGAUACGGUUGUCCCUUUUGAAAAUGGCGAGGUAUUGAGGGACAGGCUGCGAGGGUUGGGGAUGCAGGUGCAGUGGCAGAACUACGAGGAGGGAGGGCAUUGGUUGGAUGAACCAAAUGGCAUGGAUGGGGUUGUGUCGUUUGUCAAGAAAGUUACGAGCGGCUAGGGCUGGGAACUUGAAUGAUGGGGUGCUGGAGACUUACUAGGCACAGGCUUGAAAUCGGACAGAAAGAGAAGCAUGUCUCCACGCUGAAAAUUGGCG